GCUAGGUUUCUCGCUUUCUCUUCUCACAAACUUUGCAUUUACUUAUUUUCAAUUCAAUUUCUGGGAGGUCCAAAGGAAGGGGAAAAUAUUCGAGCGUGGGAGCGUCCACGCAACAACCCAGGGAGACGUUUGAUGCUUUCGUUCUCCUCUUCGUCUCCUCCCUCUUCGUGCUUCGAUUCGGCUUCGUCUCUGCAGCGUCUUCUCCAUUCUUGCCGACUUCGUAGCUUAGAGAGAGAAAGAGAGGCGAAAGGAGAGAGACAGGGAGAGGCGGAGGAAGAGAGACGGAGAGGAAGGGAGAAGGGGGGCGCAGCCAUGAUCACGCGCUCGAAUCUCGCGGACCAGCUGCGAGAAUAUCAGAUUCGAUCUAAGCACGAUUGGGCUUCCGUCUCCUUCUUCUCCUCCACUUCGAAUCUCACUUCAAGGAGAAGUGGAUGUUACAUAAUGGGAAGCUGUCAUAGUGGCCGUAAAUUUUUUUCAUGCAUGCACGACUAUGCCAAAAUUCCAGAGGUGGAUGUUGUUGUCUUCGUAGUAUGGGAACUCAUCAUUCUAGCCUUCCUGGUUUUCUCAGCAGUUUCAUUAUAUUUCAGGCACAUGCGACUUGCUUUGAUCCUAGUAUGCAUAACAAUGCUUUUGCUUUUAUGCAUGAAAAUUACGAAGCAAAUAAGACUAGCGAGGAAAAGGAAGCGAAGGAUGCUUCUUCCUUUAUCCAUGUAGAAGAAACAAGUCAAAAGCUUUUCCAGAUUACCCAACUUUGUUGUGUAAAUUGUGAGAAUUCUUGACCACUGCUUCUGGUCUUUCCUCUUCCAUUUUUUUCUCCUUGGGUAUCUCCCUCUUCUUAUUUUUUCCUUUUUAUUUUUGAAUAUGUAAUUGUACCUGAAAAGGAGGCUGAUCAUAGAUGUGAUUACUUCAAUAUAAGCAGAUCAAAGUGGUGUAUUCAUCA